UCAAUCAAACAUGGAAACGGGAUCGCUUCGUCGUCGUGCUGUCGAGUGAGGAAAAUUUUUCAUUCAAAAAUCCGGUGCAAAACUCGCGUCGAGCGUCGUGAAUCGUGUCGUUUGUGGUGCAGUUAGUGAGCAGGCUGUGUGCUGGUGACCAUCGUCGGAGAAAAUGGCCCCCGGAUCGAACAACCACAACAAUAACAACAACAACAACCGGCAGACUGGGGCCAAGCCGAAAACCAAGUCCUCGAAAAAGAACUCGGUUCCGAGGGAAGUGGUCGCCCCGACCAGACGGGAUCUGCAGCAGCUCAAUGUCCUCGUCGAUUGGGCAACGUCCUCCGGAGCGGCAGCCGCGGCGGUCAACAAUCAGCAACAGCAGAAUCUACAUCAACAGCCGGGACCAUCGGGUGUGGGUGGUGGAGGAUCAAGUCAUCAGCAGAACUUCCUACUUAAGCCGAGGAAUAAUCGAACGCCGGGCGAGGGAACCUGUUACGAAAUCGACAACUUAACCCUCCAGGACAACAGCCGCUACAUCCCGGCGGUACGUCCGAUCGUGCGUCGAAACCUGCUCAGCGAAAGUGGCAGCGGUGCCGAGUCCGGUGAACUGCACAACACUGCCGUCGGCGUGGUCAUUCCGACCACUCCAAACUCUGCGCUUCAGAGCUUCCGGUUGAACGACACCAGCGGCGGUCCCUCGACCAGCGGUGGUGCAGGAACUUCGAACAUUAACAACAACUUGCUGAACAACAGUGCUGCGCGAAACGUGCUAAAUCCGUUCCACCAACUUCAGCAGCAACAGUCCUCGCAGCAGCAGCAAUCGUCGCAACUGCGAGCCUCUCCGCUGAGCUCACGCGUUCCGGACGGUGCCUCGCAGAACCAGCUAAACUUGAACAAGAACUCGAACCAGCAGCAGCAGCAGAUUCAUCACCAUCAUCACCACGGUGGAGCGGGAGCCGUUGGCGGUGCAAAAGCCAACAACUUUGAGGACAAGCUGAGCCAAAUUCAGGAGUACAUCAAGCUAACCACCAAUUUGAUCUCGUCGGUGCAGAUUGACAACAGCACUGGGAACACUAGUGGGACACAGAAACGGAACAACACCGACGACGUAGACCGCGACAAUAGUUAUAGUAGAAGUUACGCUGGUUCUGGUUCCGAAGUUGGUGUUGGUUGUAGCAUGGGUGACGAGAGUUGCUAUUUUGUGCCGAUCAAUUCCACUAGCUUAGAGAGUGUGCGCGCCAGCGAUUCGGAGCUAAACGGCCCCCGUCCCCAGUCGGUGCAGAGCAUCCAGAGCACCACCACGCAAUCGGCCACGCCCGUCCAGACGCCCUCGUACGACGACCUGCGGUACCGCAUGGAAAACCAAAACAAAAACAUGCAAGCCCUGAAGGAACAGCAGGCGCACCUGCUCCGUCUCCAGCAAGCCGCCCGCCAACAACUCGCGGACAUGGAGGCGAUGCGGGCGCAAACCGCGCAACCUGUACAGUUGGAGAACUUUGAGUCGGUCGAGCAGGUCCAGGAGGGCAUCGGGGGGAUUAUGGAGCGGAUGCGCGUGUUGAGCACGUUCAUUCAGAACCAGCAGGAGUUGGGGAAUAUGCUUGGUGGGGCGGACAAUGAUGAUGUGCUGAGCGAGCAGGUCGCGUUGCAGCAAAAGUUUGCCGAGUUGCGGGACAAGAAGGCGCAAAUGCACAGCCUGGUGUCGGAGCUGCAGAACUUGAACGUUGAGGCGAGCAGGCAGUUUGAUGGGCAGGCGGCGUCGGCGUCGGCGGCUGGGGUUGAGCGGAACGUGCCGAUUGAGUUGACGAAUGCGCCGGCGACGGCGGCGGAUAUGAGGAAGGCCACGAAGACGUUUAUCAAUCAGAAUCAGAAUGUGAAUCAGGGGGAGGUUAUGAAUGGUGGUAGUCGGGGAGGUUCGGUGACGCCGAAGGUGGAGAAUGUGGUUGAUGGUGGGAGUGAGGAGGGUUUGGAUGAGGAAGAAGCGGAGGCGAUUGCGGGGACGGCGGACAUGCUGAACGAUAAGAUUAAUGAGAUUAACGCGAUGAAGUCGCAGCUGCGGAGGUUGAAGGAGAUGAUGGAUACGGUGAAGUUGAUGGAGAUGAAGACGGGUGGAUCGAUUGACGAGGACGAGGAGGACGCGCCGGAGGAGAAUGAUGAGAAUCCGGAGGAUGAGGAGGAGUCGGUGGAGAAUUCGCGUUCGCCGAGCGUCGCUAGUCAGAUCAGUGAUCAGCAACAGGGUGCGGGAGGUGGUGCUUCAGCGGUUGACGAGAGUCGGAGGGAGCAGUUGAACCAGCGGGUUGAGGCGUUGCACGCCAUGACGAGAGAUUUGAGGGAGCAGGCCAAGUCGAUUGCGGCGGAGAGAGAUGCGUUGAAGAAUGCGAGGUCGGAGCUGCAGAAGAGACGGAACAAUGUGGCGGAGUUGCAGAACCAGGCGGAUUCGCAGGCCACGGAGAAGCUCACCAAUCAUGUGGCUUCGUAUGUGACUUCGUCGGCAGGAGCGACCAGUUCGAAGGAGAUGGCGCUGAAGGCCGAGUUGGAACAGAAAAAGCGCGAGUUGGAGCAGUUUGCGAAGAUGACACAGAGCAUGAAGAAGAACACAGAGUUGUCCAGGAGGAAUACGGAGGUGACGACGGCGCAGCCGAAGGUUUCUUCCGUGUCUUCAGCGGAUUCGCUGCGCUCGCAGAGUCAUCCUCCGGUGAUUCCACCGCCGCCAUCGGCAUCAGCUGUGAACAACACAAGCGCAAGUAACGCUACGAAUCUCUCAAAGCAUUCGGCAGAUUCCGGAGUUACGGACAUCUUUGCCAAUGCACAUCUCGAAUCUGGAAGCUAUCAGUCGAGCAGCACACGGAGUUUGAACAUGGUUCCACCAAUGCCGGACAUUUGCAACCGUGCCGACCGGUAUCACCAUCGCAAGUCCGAGGACGUUGGCACAUCCACAGGACGUAACGAGCGGACUUCACCGUGGCCGUCCCAUUUAUUCGCCGGAGCAGGUCCGUCCAGCUCGAACACCGGCCCACAGAGUCCGCACUUCCACCCCUCGUUCGGCGUAGGUUCGGACAUUCACUCGUCCUACCCGGCCUACUCCGGCUAUCCAACCUACGCGAACCUCCUCCCACCUCACACCCCCAACUCGGCGCCAGCUCCCCCACCCGACCCGCUCAUGUUCCAGCACUUUAUGCAGACCCAGCAAAUGCUGAUGAACUCCAUCACCCAGUGCAACCAACUGCUCUGGAUCCAACAGCGCGAGAUCAACAACCUCAACAACGCCGUCCUCCUGCUCCAGGAACGCAUCCUCAACAGCGGCCACGGCGGCAUCCUCACCGAAUCCCACGUCCCCCCGUCCAACGGCCACAUCCGCGCCGAAUCAACACCCCCCAACAACUCCCUCUCCUCCAACCCCUCCGCCAUCUACAGCCGGGCCCGCUCCGAGCAACCCUCGAUGCAGGUCCAUCAAGGCCCAACCUCCCCCUACCACAACCUCCCCCAAACCCUCCCUUACUCCACCCCCUCCAACAACCCCACCCAGCAAUUCUUCACCCCAACCACGACCGCGACCUCCCAAUUCUCCGUGAACGCGCAAAUCCAGCGCAACAACAGCAACAUCACCCGCAACUACCGGAACCUGCGCCACGUCAACAUCAACACCGCCAACAACGCCAUCUACGAGCAGCAGCAGCAGCAACCCAACUCCCUCUACGACCAUCACAACUUUAUGAACGGAACGUCAACCUCAACCAACGAGGAGCAGCAGACCUACAACAAUGGUGGUCCCGUUGGUGGGGGAAACCUCGGGCCGUCCAACAUGAUCAACAACUUGGCGAAUGGGCCGCCAACGGCGGCGCCGGCUUGUAUGAACAACUUGAACAAUAGCAACGCCAACAGCAGUAACGUGCAGCAAGCGUUGAACAACCAGGUGUUGCCGGGCGUGCGGGCCAACAACUACUGGGAUAACUUUAGGAGCUACUCGAGACAAAACUUGCUGUCGAGCAACAGCUGCAAAAGCAACGAGGACUCGUGCGCGCUAAGUGGCGGCGGCGGCGGCAGUACCUCAACCGCCCACGGAAGCGGUAAUGGUGCCAACGGCGGUCCCGCCAUUCCCGUCGGUGGCGCCGCCACCGGCAGCGGUUCCGGCAACUGCACGAACAACAUCAACAACCAGAUCCAGCAGCGCAACAACAGCAACGUGAUGAACAACAACUACGGGAGUGGUGGGAGUACGAGCAGUAACAAGUAUCCGCCCAACUUUAAUCGGAACAAUUCGUUUAGUAAUGUUAAUCAGCAGCAGCAGCAGUUGGAUGUGGGGCCGAAUUUGCAGCAGCCGAGUUGUGGGUCGCACCAACACUAUCAAUCGAUGCCGCCGGAGGCGGCGGCGGCGUCGGGGUCGUUCCAGAUGUCGCAGUCGGCGUUUGUUCAUCAACAGCAAGUUCAGCAGCAGCAGGUUCAGCCGCAUCACACGUCGUUGAAUCAGUCGAGUUCGUUCGAUUUGGGCGAGUUGCAGUUCCACACGAAUCCGAUCAACUUGGGGCUGGCGAACAAGAGCGGUCAUCCGAAGGGGAGUGCCCACAAGAAGUACCCGCUGUCGUUGAGGUCCUGCCGGGACGCGAAUUUGGCUGCAGCUGGGGAGGGGAGUUCCAACUUUUACGGAGCUGGCGCGCACGCCGAGAUGGUCAGCGAUCUGAAUCUGGCCUCGGCCAGCAACUACCAGCACGACUCGAAGUCGACCUCGAAGCUGUUCGAGGCGCUCAAGGAGAACGUCUACCAGGAGGUGAAGAAUCUGAUUACGGCCAACGAGUCGCGGCCGCACUUUUUAAUCCAGCUGUUCCGCGAGCUGCAGCUGAUUUCGUCGGAUCCGCUGAGGCAGCGCACGCUGCAGUCGAUCCAGGAGCUGUACAAUCGGUACAUUGAGUCUACGCUGGCGCAGCAGCAGCAGCAGCAGGGUGGAGAUGUGCAGCAACAGCUGCAGGACGGAGGAGGUCACGUGAACAAUGUUGGAAGUAAUAAUCUGCUUUCGUCGGGGGCGAACGAACCCGUUGCUGGGCCGUCGUCCCAGUUGGCAGCUGAAAACGUGGAGGUUGUAGACAUGGAGGUGACGCAGAACUACACCAACGUACGGCAGCAGGCUCAACAGCAGGGCUUUGCGUUUGUUCCGUCCGCGGAGAGUACGCCGAUCGCUGGUGGGAGUGCGAAGGAGCACGACCGGAACGACCUUGGACUGCCCAGCUCGGAGAUCAUCAACAUCAUCAUGGGCGACAUAGUUGGAGUGAUCAACUCGGUUGACUACAUCAACGACUCGGUGCUGUACAAGAUCGCCGGUGUAAUUUGUAACCACGCGACCGGAGCUUCAAACGGACUCUUCCACUACCAACAACAACAACAGCUGCCCCAGCAAGAUCAGGACCGAAUCCUCGGAAAUCCCAUGCUCGGACCCUCAAUGGCCGCCUUCCUAGCCCAAAACGACUCGGACGUCAUCAGCCAGGAAGACUUCCUCCGACACCUCGAAAGCUGGAACCGCACCGACAAGGACGAGUUCAUCUCCAACCUGGAGAACCUCCUGAACAACAUCCUCCUACGAUCUUCAGCCGCCGAAGGCGACUCCGCCGCCGUCUCUUCCUCUAACCUCAACGGCGACGAAGAAGCCCAAAUGCGAGCCCAGCAACAUCAACACGCAACCCUCCAGCACGACUCGACGCUGUCCGCCGGUGACGUGAGCACCGACAACAACGAAACCUUCAACCCCUCGGAGAACCCCUUUUCGGCACCCGUCGUCGUCGCAGCCGCCGCCGCCCCCGUCCCACUGAGUCUAACCCGGCGAGUUUACGGUGCCGUCGCUUCGAGUACCUCGGAAAGUGACAAAAUUUCCAACGGAGUUAGCAGCUCGAAUGGGUACGCCUCGACGACGUACGAUCUGGCCGAGGCGGAUCAGAUUUGCGAUACGAGUCUACCGGGUGGGGGAGGCGGAGCGGUUGGAGGAGGUCAACCGGUGGCGGGACCUAGUGGAAGCAGUGCUGGGGGGGUUGUGGGGCAGGAGGGAUUUGAGGAUCGUUGGAGGGUGAUGCAGAAGAAGCUGGACGACGAUUUGGCGGAUAUUAUUGAGAGGAACAGGAAUGCGGAGCGGGUGGCGCAGGAGCAGCAGCAGCAGGAUCAAAGGCAUCAACAGCAGCAGCAGAGACGGUCCAAUGAAGGGUGGCAGGACGAGGAUGGCGAGGGGAAUCUGGAUCCGGAGGAACAGCUGCCAAUAUUCUACUGAAAGUCGCACUGCGAACCGUGCCGUCUCGGACGGUUCUGGAAUCGCAGCAACCCGGAGGAGGAACAGCACAAUGAUGCCCCUCAAAACAAUCCUAAAACUCGACUGCGAAUGAUCUCUUGUGAAAGCAAUCCCGAAAGUGAUCAGGUUCCGCCGCCAGCCAACAGCGCACCACCACCACCACCACCGUCGGUCAGGUUUGGCGCCUCGUUUCUGCUGCACAUUUUCUACGUGAUAGUGUCGGUUCUGUUCAGCCGGAAACGGUUCUGGCCGGACCGGUCCGGAUGACCACCUAUGGGGGGGAACAGCUAUAUGUUUAGUGCUCAUUGUAUUUAUUCUCGCGUGUACUUGAAGGAAUCAAAACUGAUAAAGUAAAGCAAAAUCUCUAGAAACUCUCGACUUCGCUUUUAAAGCUCAGCUCAUCCUAACACAUACAAACAUACAAUCAAUACUAAGUUUACGGUUAGAAGUUAAA